AUCCUGUAUCAAGCAGGCAAGUCAGUCAAUUUUUGUUGGUAGUCUACACUGGUUAUCGUUCCCGUAUCGUGGCGGUAUCUUGCAGGAGGCAUUAUUAAUUUACAAAUAGAAAAGAUUUGUUGAUACCGAUGUAUCUAUAGCAGGCAUAUCAUUGCAGUGUUCCAACACGAUUAAGGGAAACGAGUAAUUGUAACAUAGUGAAGUUUAUUGCAUUUCGUGUAGUCUUGAGAUAUUAAUAGAUUUUUUUUAACUGCGAUAUCAGAAGUAGUCAUUCAUCAUGAGCAAAGUAUUGAAUGAGGUUUGUGAUAUGUUGGACACCUACACUGGCCGGGAUAAGAUUGUAAGAACACUAUGUUACACAACAAAACUUGCAUCUGGGAUGUACUCAAGCAAAGAUCCCGAUUUUGCUAAGAAAUUGGCCAUCUUCAGUUCCAAAAUGUCACAGACAAGGGCCACGCUGCGAUUACUUGACGACUUACCAAUGCUUAGUUAUUCACUCAGUUAUGGAACGGGUAGCAAGGAACCAGACAGAAUAAUGGGCCUUAUUGGCUUCAUUACCAACAUUAUUGACCAUGUGUACUAUCCAGUCGACAAAAUAUGCUGGAUGAUAGAAUACAAGCUCCUCAACGUAGAAAAUCCCACCAAAUGGGACACCAUGAACUCUAUCUUUUGGGUUGCGUCGAUAUACUUGAACCUUAUGAAGACAAUCCGAAGCUACACCGUAAUGGAACAGCACAAAACGCACAUCAAUAAACCAGAAAAUGAAUCAAGGUACAUUCCGUUA